CCUACUUUACUCUAUUCGCUGCUGCUGUCGGGUCCCUUCCCUGCGCGUCCUUCACCACUUCUUUUCAUCACAAUCUUUCGCACAUUUCUUCACCCCAUCGUUUCCUCUCCUCAUGAGCGAGACGAUGGCGCUCUGGGGGGUUCUACCCGCGGAGCUUCGCUUGAUGAUCCUCGAGAUUGUCGCGGACGAUUUCACAUUCAGGUCCGACAAGAAGGCGCGCGCCGGAUAUGCAACUGUUUGCCGGGAAUGGCAGUAUUUCUUCGAGCCGUUCAAUUUCGAGCACCUGGUCUUUGACCAGACGCGCAUCAAUCAAUUUGCCCGCCAUGUCGGAAACGGCGAGGCCGAGCGCGCCAUGAGGCGUCAAACAUACGUCAAGGCCAUCAGUUUCCGGGUCAAGUUGGACAACUACAAGUGCAAAACCUGCAGGCUUGAGGAAACCCAGAUUAUCAUGGGCAAAAACCGCAGUACCUUCACCAGGGCCAUCCUUAGGCUGUUAGCCAUCUUAUCCAACUGGCCACAAAUCAUACCGAGCUAUCGCAAAGGGAUUACCCUAGACAUCGGUGUAUAUUCUCCGAGCGACUGUAGACACCAAUUCAGGGACUUCCACCUAGACGAGGUCUAUCCGAUGCAGGAAGUUAGAGAUGUAUUUGCCGAUCCCCUCUGGGAGGCAUACACGGAGCACAAAGCACGGCGUGGUCUGGCUACCCUAGACGACUCUCAUCAUUCAUGGUCCAACGGCCAGCGGAGCUACAUCCCCCUCACGUCGCGGUUGCGGCUGACGAGAGAGAUGUCGCUCAGCUUCAAUCUCCCCCAAUUCAAGUCCUCUCAGACGCUGCCACAGGUUCCCGCCGUGGACGAACUAGUAAUCCGGCGACAGUUCUAUUGGCAGAUCGCGCCCGAUACCUUAAGAAAACUGCUCGAGUCCUUCACCUGUCUUGUAUCCUUUCGCCACGAAGGCUGGCAGCGCCCCACCAUGGCCCGACAGCAAGAUUUUGUGAAAGCCUACAAAACCCUGAUUUCCCGCGGCUUGCCGGUCAGUCUCCGGAACUUGCACUUGUUCCAAGACAGUAACAGGGAUCUUAACCCGUCGAUCGUGCCGCAAAUCGUAAUAACUCCGAAUCGUGGGCUUGGAAAAACUCUCGCGAGAGCCAGCAAGUCUCUCGAGGUUCUGUCAGCAGCCUUUGUUGUCGACGCCAUCGACUUCUUCGACGGCUUCUGCCCUCUGACGGCCCCCAAGACCUUGGAGCCCCCGGCGCCUUGGGAGAACCUCCACAACCUGAUUCUAACGGCAAAGAUGCUGCACCCCAAGAUGUCUAUGCGCCACGCGCACCCUCCGCUACUCUUGGCCGCAGGCCACGCGGCCGCGUUCAUGCCCAAGCUUGUUCUCAUGCAACUCUGGAACGGCGGCGAGGGAAAUGCAUGCAUCUACCAGUACACGUGGAAGUCUGAGUCAGGGACAGCAACGCUGUGGCUGUCGGCGAACUCGCUCCUCAAAUCCGUACGUUCUAUUCUGGACAACGGCUCCCCUGUGUACAACACCUGGUCCGAGUCGCUCCGGAAGACACGCGGCCUACCGUACGGCGACUUGAAGACGGGCGCGGACAGGAUCCAGCGCAAGCCCUCCGACAUCAAGACGUGCGUCGUGGCGGCAACCCAUUCCCAUGGCGGCCGGCACGUUCUCUGGCACGUUCUGCACCCCAUCUCCUAGUACCAGAUGAUGUGGGACGAGUACGAGGGGAAGGACUUGCCCCAAUGGAUGUCUAGCGACGAUCAAAACCCUCCUAUCUGCGCUGUUGAGCCCCCGUUCAAAAAAGGUUAGAUUAUGAGAGGAAAAUCAGUAACGAUCAAACAUGGCCUGGAUUCAGAUUUGCCUUGCAUUGUUGCGAGUCUUGGCUGUGACGUUAUUUCAGGGUGCUCGGGAGUUAAGUGAUUACAGACAAGCUGGCUAGGUUGGGUCCGUAGAAAUUGAUCAAGUCUACAGAAGUCCUAAAUAGGUACCUUAAGGCAGCUACCGGUAAAUGCAACGUCUGUAUGCAAACACUAAUCACAUGAAAAAAUGUCUAUAAUCC